CAAUGUAUGUUAUUCAUCAAGUUUUAUACCAGGAACAUUACUAGAGUUUGAACCAAGGAAACGGCUUGAGACAGCAGCAUGAAUUGCAUAGUGAUAGUGUCUUUUAUUCUCAUACAGAUAAUGAAACUUGAGAUGAAUAUCAUUAUAUGAUUCUCUUGUUUUUACAACAAAAGCUAAUAAUCAAAAUUGUUUUGAUAAUGGCACCAGUGUGGCUCAUGAAUGCCUGACUUGCAGUCCUGCUGAUGUUAGUAGUUGCUGAGGCUUCCUGCUUCUUGCAUCAGACUGAUGAGUCACUGGUGGGACGGACAACUGGAGCAGGAAGCAUUGUUGUUAUUGUUUUGGACUAAAUGCCUUGCAGAGAGGAGGUAUUGCAAGGUGUUUCCAGUCAUUUCCACUGCAGGUAUGGAUCUGGAGGAGCAAGAAAACGAGCUACUUGCUAUUCAUAGCAUUCUGAGUUCAGAGGAGUUUGUCCGGCACGGACUUAGGACUGCCGGGGAAAUAAGAGUGUUGACUGAACUGCCCUCUGGCUUCCUGGUGGCACUCGGAGAAGACAGUACGACAGUGAAUCAGAUUUCCCAAGAACAUGUGUCAUGUUUGCUUUGUCAAAGGUGACACCCUGACGCAGCACGAGAUAUCAUUCCUUCCAGCGUUGCAUCUGGCCUUUGAGUUCCCGGAGGAUUAUCCCUCCUCAUCCCCUCCCUCCUUCACUCUCUGCUGUAUCUGGCUGACACACAAACAGCUUGCUUCUUUGGGUGCUCACCUCAUUGAUCUCUAUCAAGCCACUGGAGGUGACGUGGUGCUCUUCUCCUGGGUACAGUUUCUAAGGGAGGAUACUCUCGGAUUCCUCAACAUCCGUUCUCUGCUGGAACUCCCCAAUGAACGCAGCAGCCCGUACAACGGCGAGGACACAAUUUCCGCCUCCAUCCCGGAAACCAAUCAAAUCCCCCUCACCUCAGGGUCCAAAGACGCUGAACGUUGUCACCUUUCAGAUAAUUUGAUGGACAGUAGUCAUGAAGACUCUCGAGGAGCCGUAGCCCCCGAGUCCUGCAAAUCCCGGAAGGAUUCUUCCAUCCCACUUGGUGAAGAAGAAGCAAGUGGAAAAGGAGCUGGAAACGCUUCUGCUUCCGACCAACCAGUCUUUGAUCUCUCCCUGACUCCAGCACAAGCUCUUAUGUCUGAGAUAUUGGUCCACGAUGCAGCUCAGACACACAAGGUUUUCCAAAGCACAGUUUUUGAUUGCUCAGUGUGUUUUCUGAGCUACCUGGGUUCCGAGUGUGUACGGAUACAAGAGUGUGGCCAUGUCUUCUGCCAGGCCUGUCUGGCUGAGUUCUGUAAGCUCCAGAUAACAGAGGGAAAUGUCCUUGGCGUCACCUGCGCUCAGGCAGGCUGCAAAGCUUUCCCCACACCUGACCAGGUGGAGAGUCUGGUGGGGGAGGAACUGUUUAGACGCUAUGACCGACUUCUUCUGCAGUCUACUCUGGACUGUAUGGCAGAUGUCAUUUACUGUCCACGGACCACCUGUGGAUCGCCGGUCAUUCUGGAAGAAGCCAGCAGGGUGGCGCUCUGCUCUGUCUGUGGCUUUGCCUUCUGUGUUACCUGCAAGAAGACUUACCAUGGAAGAGAUGACUGCAGGGUGAGGGCGAAGCCUCAAACAGAGGACCCACAGCAAGGCGGCGCAGACCUCCCCCAGUCAGUUGUGGGUAUGACGGCUCUCUGGGAUGACUAUGCCAGUGGUAGCAAACGAAGGCAGCGCCAGCUGGAGAGCAAAUACGGUCGGAAAAUUCUGCGUGGGACUCUAGAGGACUUCCUCUCCGAGGACUGGAUCGCUUUCAACAGCAAAAACUGUCCGUACUGCUUCUGCACAAUACAGAAAGACAAAGGGUGCAAUGUGAUGACGUGCACAAGGUGCCAGCGAUUGUUCUGCUGGGCCUGCUUGGGCAAGCUUUCCUAUCAAAAUAUUGGCAAACACUUUGAGCAGGGCGCAUGUACGCUGUACCAGUACAACGUCUGACCCACAGUCUCAGAAAGGACACAAGUAGGUCAUAACCAGUGUUGGGUUAGGUACUGAAAACCAGUAACUACCGUAUUUUCCGCACCAUAAGGCGCCCUGGGUUAUAAGCCGCGCCUUCAAUGAACGGCAUAUUUCAAAACUUUGUCCACCUAUAAGCCGCCCCGUGUUAUAAGCCGCAUCUAACUGCGCUAAAGGGAAUGUCAAAAAAACAGUCAGAUAGGUCAGUCAAACUUUGAUAAUAUAUUAAAAACCAGCGUGAUGUGGGCGCGCAUGGAGUCGUAUAUCAACAUGGACGGAGCUGCGUGAAAAAAGCCACCCGGCCUCUUCGCGUAAACUUACCUUAACCACUCGCUCAUCUUUUCUUCAUCCAUCCAUCCCUUCGAGUUAGCUUUUAUGAUGACGCCGGCUGGAAAGGUCUCUUUUGGCAAGGUCUUCCUUUUGAAUAUCACCAUGGGUGGAAGUUUCUGGCCAUUAGCAUGGC